AUGCAAGGGAUUGCCAUUACCGACCUCCAAGGGCGCCGCAUCCUCUCGACCCACUUCCCCUCGUCCCUGUCGACCGCGCUCGCCAUCGACGCCGCCGUCCAGAGCUCGCAUCCAGUCGUGUGGGUCCCUGCACCACAAGCUGCUACCGCCUCGGCCCAACUCGAAGGCGACUCGGACCAAGAUGACGACGACGACGACGACGAGCAGCCUUGGGCCGACUCGGCUCGUCGCACCAGCAGCUCGACGCGAACUGGGCCGAGCGGCGUCGCAGUGUGCCACAUCCAACGCAAUGGCCUGCGCUACAUCGCCCCCGUAUCGCGCGACAUCGACCCGCUCGUCCCGCUCACGUUCCUCACCGAGCUGCACGAGGUCCUGCAAGCCUACAUCGUCGGCCCCGUCACCGAGGGCAGCCUCAAGGACAACUUUGACGUCAUCCUCGCCCUCCUGCACGAGAUGGUCGCCGGCGGCCGGCCCCAGCUCUCGCAGGCCUCACAGCUCAAGGAGCUCGUCGUCCCUCCCGACUCGCAGCUCCUCAAGGUCGCCCUCAACGCCGCGACCGCAGCCGGCAUCACGAUGAUCCCGCCGCAGACGACGGCCAACGCGCUUAUCGCGUCGCCCUUGCCGUGGCGGCGACAGGGCAUCAAGUACGCCUCGAACGAGAUCUACUUUGACCUGUCGGAAACCCUGUCGUUCACCCUGUCGCCAUCGGGCACGCCCCUGUCGGCGUCGAUCGCGGGCACGCUCUCGUGCCGGUCGCGCCUCAGCGGCAUGCCCGACCUCGCGCUGCACUUUACCGACCCGAGCGUGCUCGACGAGAGCUGCGCGUUCCACAGCUGCGUGCGGUACGCGCGGUGGAAGAAGGACCGCGUCGUGUCGUUCGUCCCUCCCGACGGCACCUUCCCGCUCCUGUCGUUCCUCCACACGCCCCCCUCGACCACCCCAGCGCUCGCGCUCGCGCUCCUCCCCCUCACCCUCUCGUCCACCCUCACCCACGGACCCCUCGGCGCCGCGUUCCACCUCGCCCUCACCUCGCGCGCCAACCCGGCCCACCCGCUGCGCAACGUCGAGGUGCGCGUCCCGCUCGCGCGAGGCGCGAGCAACGUACAGGCCCAGGCGAGCGGCGGCGCGUACCUGCGUGACGAGGGCGGGCGCGCGGUUGGCGGUGGCGCCGGCGCGUGGGAGGUCGUCUCUGAGCUCCUCGAGGGGGAGGGCGCCGGGGAGGAGCGGCAGACGCUCGUGUGGAGGAUCGAGAGCUUGGGCGCGACGGACAGGCCGGCCGUCCUCUCGGGGCAGUACUUGACCGCGCCCGAGUCGCGCAAGCCGCCGGCGUUCACCGUCACGUUCGACACGCCGUCGACGGCGUUUUCGGGCCUGCGCAUCAGCGCACUCAAGCUCGUCGGCGAGCCGUACAGCGUGUACAAGGGCGUAAAGAGCAGUGCGAGGGGCGUCGUGGAGGUCAGGACGGGCUGA